ACCCCCUCCUCUCUCCUUACAUCCCUGCAUCCCUCCCUUCCUCUCUCCCUCCCGGCAGUGCAUCCCCAUCCCCCACACGGUGGCCGUCUCUUCGGGUGAAAGCUGUCUUCUCUGCGCCACUGGUCCGACAAAAAACGUUGCUGUAGCAGAGCCAGUCCGCACCGACCAGAGGCAGAACAGACUCACGGGAGAGAUCACGUACGCACACGGGGAAUCUUUUUAUUGUUCUACCUAGUGGCUUUGAUUUGCAUAUCCACUUCCACUCCUUCCUCAUUUGCAUACAGCAAGAAUGGCGAGCGGGCAUCCCACAGACAAAUUCAGUUUCAUGUAUCAACCAGACACGCACAAGAGUAAGAACAGGUUAGCUUCAGCUAUGAAUCCAGUCUACAGCCCCGUUCAGCCUGGCACCCCAUAUGGAAACCCUAAAAACAUGGCCUUUACAGGCUAUCCAGGAGGGUAUACUGCCACGGCUCCCACCUAUACACCCAACCUCUAUCAAACGGGCAGUCCUGGGUAUCCACCAGGAUAUACUUCAGCAGGCACCCCGUACAAAGUGCCCCCCACUCAGUCAAAUGGAGCGCCCCCUCCCUACACCCCCACCCCCACCCCAUACCCAACAGCCAUGUACCCCAUUCGCAGUGCCUACCCUCAGCAGAACCUAUACGCACAGUGCCCUGAGGCUACAAUGGUUGUGAUGGGAGCAUACUAUACCCAGCCAGUGUAUGCGGCUCAGCCACAUGUGAUUCAUCACACCACCGUGGUGCAGCCUAACAGCAUCCCCUCCACAGCCCUCUACCCUGCCCCCGUCCCUGUCCCUGCUCCUCGCAACAACGGCAUGGCUGCCAUGGGGAUGGUCGCUGGGACAACCAUGGCCAUGAGCGCAGCAACAAACCAAGCCUUCAUAGCUGUUCAGCAGAUGGAUUCAAAAAUGGCUGAAGCUCAUCAAUGGUGGUGGUGUUUACUUCCUGUAGGGACCCUGCUGACAACGCCCCAGCACGCCCAGAUUGGAGGACACCCAGUUACUGUGCCAACCUACAGGGCCCAAGGGACACCUGGGUACAGCUACGUACCACCUCACUGGUAGAGCCCACCCAUCAUAUCUGGAGUCCACCAUCGUAUGCAACUUCUCAAAUCCUACACGGGCUCCCAUUGGUAACCAUGGGGACUCAACACCUGUCUGCAAGAACAAAACUAAAGUGCAACAGCCACUUUACAAUUAUUGUUACUGUUAGUAUGCGACAUUCUCUAACGUUUUUACAAAAGCUGCUUUUAUUUUUUCUCUGUUCAUUUGCCAACCAGUCAUUACCUUAUUUUGUAUGGCUAUUUUAUUUUUUUUAUUUUAUCUCCUCAUUUUCUGUUGAUGUGUCUGUCAUUGGAACUCCAGAAGGACUCUUGACCAAUCACGGGUGUCACUUGCUCCUGUCACUUGUUUCUGUGUUGUGCUGGUGUGUGUGGUCCUUCCUGCUGCUGCUCAGUUGGCUGGAAAAUAUUGGGCACUUAUUCUCAGAAGUGCACUCAUUAUCAUCUCCAUCAGUCACUACGAAGACUUAAGCUGCCACAUUUCUAACAACUAGAUAUCAGCACAGUGUUUUAACAUAAUAAGCAUUUUAGUUUUUCCGCUUAUUUAAUUGUUUGAUAUUCUUACUUUUACACAUCUGAAUUACUUUUUUUUUUUUUUUUUUUUUUUCUGUAGACAUUUUUUUCCUACCUUUUGUUCUUUACCCUUCUCUUUAUCCUUUUUUUCCGCCUUGUUUCAUUUUCAGUUUAAUCUCAGUCGUCUUCCAGCGCCUAGCUGUCUGUCAGGCAGUAGUCAGUCCAUCAUCCCUGCCGUUACGUGUCCGUGAGUGCUAUAGGCAGAUCACUUACCGACCACUACCCAUGCUGCUGCUCACUGUGUCCACAUUAGCAUAGUACACACUAAGAAAACUUCACCUACUACAUGCUACAUACUAUGCAGGCUAGUAUGUUAUGACACUAUCGAAAUCUAAACCUUAACCUGUAAGAAUCUUUAUAAUAACCAUGUCAACAGCAUGGGUGGACACACACACACACACACAGGGGCUCCUGUGUUGUGUCGGAAAAAACACAUGAUCACUUAGUGGCACUUACUAUACAAUACCUCCAGUUAUGUUGUUACUGAUCACCACACACACACGACGUGGGUUUCUAGGGGUGUGCAUGGCAGACAGCAGAGAAGGAGUUUAAAGGGAUUGUGUUGGCGCAAAGAGAGGAGAGCAGGACAGGAUGGAGAGAGCAGACUUUAAGGAAGGAGGAGGAGAUCACAUGUUCACAGUCAGGUCAUUUCAUUUCAAGGUACAAGACAUUUGAGUUUGGGACAUCUCACCUGCAAGAGGCCACCCAAACACUGCUAUUUUUGCACUACAUGUAUUGUACAUUGAUUCUUCACUGUGAUUACAUCACCUCCUCUUCCAUCCUUCUUUCAGGUGAGGACUUUAUAACCAAACACUCAACAAAUAGAAACCCACACUCUCGAGUAUACAGUUAAUAGUGGACCAGUCAAAUUCAUGUGUGCUGAUGAAUGGAUAGGUUUCAGUCCGCUAGUCCAUUUCACAGUUCCGUGAGUGCUGAAAAGACCAAACCAGUGACAUGGGUGGUUGUGCACCACAUUUAGGAAGAAAUGAUGGCAAAUCAGAGGGCUGUAGUGUGUGUACAUCUGGUCCAUGUCAUAGGGAUGAUUUGUUAUACUCUGAAUUUGGGUCAAAAUUUGAACUUUGUCGGUAUUACCAUAUGAAUUGCAAGAGCACUGUAGUCAAAAGUGCUGGUGUUAGUGUUCAUGGCUACAACAGUUUAAGAAUAUUAAGACAUUUUAGCGAGAGUGCAGAGCCGUGAUGACGCGGCCACUUAGUUGUAAACUGGUUCAGUCCAGUUAGCUUUUUAGACUUUAAGUAAUUUUUUUAUGAAAAAGAUUAAUCCAUUUGUUCACCGUCUUUUCUUUUUUUUUUUUCCUGGAAAUUGACACAUCUGCUUUUACUGACUGCAUUUAAACAUAAUUGUCCAUUUUUUUUAAAAAUCCAUGCAUAACCUUGAUAGUCGUCAGAUGAGGAUAAUAUUUGAGCCAAUGAGACAUGGACCCUAUACAGCUAUUCAUUUUCUGUUGCCUUUUAUGCUUAUACAUGUAGAGACAUUUAUGUGCAAAGGCAGUAUGAUGACCCAUUUUAAUCAAACACUACAAACAUACCAAGUAGUGGUGGUGGGGUUUAAUAUUUAAGUGAGGCGUGUGGUAUUUUUCAGGAUUCGCACACAAAAAAAAACUCAAAUUACAAGUUCAUGAUCUGUAGAGUACAGAUUUGUAUAACAAAAAGCAUUUACUGCGCGGGUAUGUAGAUGAAGUGGUUUGAUAUUGCAAUAAAAUAAGAGGGAACGCCUCAAACUGUUAACAUACAGUAAUUAUUUUCUGAGUGUUUUGAAUUGAUUUAAAAAAAAAAAAAAAAGCUUAUUGUAAUCUCUAAAUAUGGAUUACAGGCUCUGUAUGCAGCCUCCAUUCAAUAAUUAUUGCAGUUACUGCUAAGAAGAGAAGUAGGAACAUAUCAAACAUUUGAGUAUUGAAUAACUGUGGAAAUAUUGCAGAACAUAAGACAAAAAAAAAUUUAAUAAUUUAAUGCUAAGUAACAGGUACCUAUCUUGGUAGUGCAAGAUGAAGAAACAAUUUAUAUUGUAAUUAAAAAAUAAAACGAUAAGGUUGAGUGUUUGAGGUAUUCUUAGUCCAGAUGUUUGUACACUAGUAGGUUAAUUCUCAAGAAAAUAUUGCAUAAUACCGCUGUCGGAUGAAAACCGUCGAUCUUUGAGCCUUAUUUUUGAAACGGCCCUUGUAUUUUACAAGAUAAAUGGAUGUUUAUGGGUCAUAUAGUGUUCCCACCAAGUAAGGAUCUUGUACAUUUUAACUCGAGCCAGUACAACUGAAAAGAAUACAGAAAGUGUGUUUUCUUGCGACAGCAGUAAUGUUACUCGUCAUUAGGAUUUAUUUAACCAACCACUACUUCUGUCAGUGUUUCUCAAUAGUCUUAUGUUUUUUUUUUUUUUUUUCUUCUU